CACAAGCACGCGACACCCGGCCUCGCUCGCCAUGCGCUACGACGCGCAGCCGAGACGCCAAAAAUAAGAAAACGAACCGCGAGCGAUACCCGAUCACGAUUCACAGCGAGAGAGGAGGGAGGAGAGGAGAGAGAGAAAGAGGGAGAGCAGAGCGGAGGAGGAGGAGGAGGACCGCCGGCUCGAGUGCGCUCCCCCCACUAGGGCAGGGGCGGUGUGAUCGAUGGAGGAGAAGGGGAAUGACGCGCGGGCGCCGCUCCUGGCGGGGCGGCGGCGCAACUCGGUCGGGUCGAUGCGAGGGGAGUUCGUGUCGAGGCUGCCCAGGAAGGUGCUCGACGCCGUCGACCCCGAGAGGCCGUCCCACGUCGACUUCUCCCGCUCCAAGGGCCUCCGCGAAGGAGAGAAGGAAUAUUACGAGAAACAAUUUGCCACCUUGAGAUCCUUUGAGGAAGUUGAUUCGCUUGAAGAAUCCAAUGUGAUUAGUGAAGAAGACGAUAUUGAGGAGCAAAAGCAGAGUGAAUUUGCCAUGAAGAUAUCAAAUUAUGCAAACAUGAUUCUUUUGGCAUUGAAGAUAUAUGCUACAAUUAAAAGUGGAUCAAUUGCUAUAGCUGCCUCCACAUUGGACUCAUUGCUUGAUCUCAUGGCUGGUGGUAUCCUUUGGUUCACACAUCUCUCGAUGAAGAGCAUCAACGUCUACAAGUAUCCUAUUGGUAAACUGAGGGUGCAGCCUGUUGGAAUCAUCAUCUUUGCUGCUGUAAUGGCUACUUUAGGAUUCCAAGUAUUUGUUCAAGCUGUUGAAAAGUUGAUAGUGAAUGAGACUCCAGAUAAAUUGACUCCAGGGCAACUCACGUGGCUAUAUUCAAUCAUGAUUUUUGCAACAGUAGUUAAGCUAGCCCUCUGGCUCUACUGCAGAACAUCUGGUAACAAGAUAGUCCGGGCGUACGCUAAGGAUCAUUAUUUUGAUGUCGUCACGAAUGUUGUGGGUUUGGCUGCUGCUGUCCUUGGUGACAUGUUCUACUGGUGGAUUGACCCAGUUGGUGCAAUUGCCCUUGCAGUGUACACAAUUACAAACUGGUCUGGAACCGUGUGGGAAAAUGCAGUGUCCCUAGUAGGUGAAACUGCUCCGCCAGAAAUGCUCCAGAAGUUGACAUAUUUGGCCAUCAGACAUCAUCCUCAGAUCAAGCGUGUUGAUACGGUUCGAGCAUAUACCUUUGGGGUGCUUUACUUUGUUGAGGUUGACAUUGAGCUCCCGGAGGAAUUGCCCCUCAAGGAGGCUCAUGCUAUUGGAGAAUCACUUCAAAUAAAGAUCGAAGAGCUCCCAGAAGUCGAGCGGGCAUUUGUUCACCUUGAUUUCGAGUGUGACCACAAGCCAGAGCACUCCAUCCUCAGCAAAUUGCCUAGCAGCCAACCAUGACCACCAUUUGAAUUUCACUGUAAAACCAGAGCACUACCUGGCUGUUUGCUUGCCAUGCAGGAUGUGCAGUGUACACUCUGCAUUAUGCUAUAUAUGAAAUGGCUGAAGUCAAAUGAGAUUGUCUGGCCAUGAUUUCUAAAGUAGGCCUAAGAGGUUCUGUAUUAGUUAAGUACCUAUUUAGAGAUUGUAUGGACUGAGUUUGUGAACCCCUCCGCCUAAGAGUUUUGUUGUGAGGAAAGUUCGGUAGAAAUGGAAAUCACGUUCUGGAUGAUCUCAAGUAAAAUUUUGCCCUGAAAUUCAGGUCAAUUGUAA